UUCGCAGUUUAUUAUUUGGUGUUGGAGCGCUCGGGAUCCGCUGCCGGCCGGGGAGAGAGACGCACAAACGCACCGUCAGAAAAUGACAGUAGAGAGAAUAUUUGCCGAGCUUGGACAUUUCAAAAGAUUUCAGGCAUGUCUCUAUUUUGCAGCAGUCUUCCAGGCCAUAGCCUGUGGGAUCCACUACCUGGCCUCUGUCUUCUUAGUGGAGACGCCAAACUUUGUGUGCAGUGUGCCAAACAUCACCGAUGUCCUAUACGGGAACCUGACGGGGUCUAGCCUGGAAGACAUCCUGCCGGUUUUCAAGUGGGGGAGGGGGCCCUUGGUGGUGAGGACAGCUGAAGGAGAGCAGUGGGAGCUCAGCCGGUGCCGCUGCGCCCUGCGCAUCAACCCAAGACACUUUACAUACGACUUUGAUGGCAACAAAACAUUGAGAGCCUGUGAUGGGAACUUUGCUUACGACCACACCGAAGUCCACCAAAGCAUUGUGACAGACUGGAACUUGGUGUGUGAGAGAGAGUGGCUGGCCAAGCUGUGCCAGCCCACCUUCAUGCUGGGGGUGCUGGUUGGAGCGCUGGUGUUUGGGGACAUUGCUGACAGACUUGGUCGUGUGAGGAUUCUGAUGUUCACCAGCCUCUGUCAGUUUGGACUUGGGGUGUCUGUAGCGUUCUCUGGAAACUACUACUUCUUUGUAGUGCUCCGCUUCCUCCUUGCCAUGGUGUCCAGCGGCUACCUUGUAGUGGUGUUUGUCUAUGUCACAGAGUUUACUGGCAUCAAGGUACGCACAUGGACCUCUAUGCACGUGCAUGCAGCCUUUGCUGUCGGCGUCAUGAUCGUGGCUCUGACUGGUUACCUGGUGCGGGUCUGGUGGAUCUACCAGAUCAUCCUCUCCAUGUGCACGUCGCCCUUCCUGUUCUUCUGUUGGAAGUUCCCCGAGACACCCUUUUACUUGAUGGCCAAGGGCCGUUACAAGGAUACUCAGAUCCUGCUGGAUGCAAUGGCCCGCUUCAAUGGCCUUAAGUACAGGCUUAAAGUGGAGGACCUCCUGGAGCCAAAGGAUAAUGGCAGAGUUCUGCUGGAGGAGGGAGAGGAGCAGCUAUUGCAGUCUGAAAAGAAGCUGUCCAUCCUGGAUCUGUUUGGCAGCUGGAGGAUGGCGGGGCGUACGUGCACAGUGUGGGCCAUCUGGUUCAUCGGCAGCCUGGGCUACUACGUUUUCUCUUUAGGCUCAGUCAACCUUGGAGGAAACCAGUACAUUAACCUCUUCCUUGCUGGUGCCGUGGAGAUCCCCUCUUAUUUGGUUGGCUGUUUUGCAAUGGACCGGAUUGGCAGGAAGAAGACAUGUGCCCCGGCUCUGCUCCUGGCCGGGGUCGCUUGUAUGCUCAUCAUUGUGGUACCUGCUGACAACGAGUCAUUGGCCAUCGCUCUCUCUAUGACGGGGAAGUUUGCCAUUGCCAUUGCCUUUGGUCUCAUCUACCUGUACACCUGUGAGCUUUACCCAACCAUCAUCAGGUCUCUGGCGGUGGGUAGUGGUAGUAUGAUGUGCCGUGUUGGCAGUGUGGUGGCGCCCUUCUGUGUGUACCUGGCGGAUGUCUGGGUCUACCUACCUCAGCUCAUUGUGGGAAUCCUGGCAUUCAUUAUUGGAGUGCUGACAUUUUUGUUGCCUGAGACACUGGGCAGACCUCUAACAACCACCUUGGAAGAGGCCGAAGCUCUGGGACGUAAGCCCAGUGAGAUGAACUCAGACCUGGGCAAUAAAGAUGCUGAGGAUGGGUUGAAGAUGAAUCAACAUGAAGCCAAGGUCUGAGUUGUACACUGCUGGAAAACCAGCGAGACAGAUGCACAGGGAGAAGCUUUGGGGGGGAAAUGAAGGAAAAGAGAGGAGGUGAUGGCUGCCAUAAACUGAAAAAGAAUCAUCAUUGAAUUAUUGGAUUGUUUAUGAAAAAAAUCUAAAAGCAACAACAAACCUUUAUCAGAACUUGUGGAAAUUACAUGUUUGUUGACAUUUUGUUCUUCAAAGUGACCAAUGAUUGAUUACUACAAAGGUCCUUUACAGGAGACAUUAAACAAACCCUACUGCAUUCAUAGAGAUCUGAGUAAUGUAGCAGUCACCGAUGCAGUGCAAUCCAUGAAUUCAAUGAACUGGAAAAGCGUGUGUGUUUGUGUGUGUGUGUGUUUGUGUGUGUCUGUGUUGUGUGUGCACCCAUGACCAAGGAAAUACGAAGUAUAUUAAAGGAUUAUUUUCACUUAAUGACAUCUUGUAACCAAGAGAAAUAAUAACUUUGUUGUCAAAGUAAUUGCUGAGAUUUGGGAGCACAGAGAUAUAGCUACCAACAAAGUCUGACAGCCAACAGCCAAAUUAUCCAAACAGCUUUAUUUCGAGGUAAAAACCAAAGGCAGCACACUAGAAAUAUCAGUAAGAAUACCUCCUAUGCACAGGAAAACUUCAGCAUACACAGCAGGUCAGAGUUAAACCACAAAAUGUGAUGUUUACAAUGUCUGUAAACUGGAUGACUGCUUGCCUUUGUUUUCUCUUUCAAAUUGGUUCAGUUAUGCAUACAGAUGCAAUGUUAUUCUAAGCACACAAAGCAACACCAUGAUCAAAACAAUAGAAUGUUUUAUUCUAAUAACAAAGAAGUGCCAUUUUUAAAGUCACCCUUUUAUUAUUUUUAACUCUUUUUUUUAUCUCAGGGCAUCUGCUUUUGGAUAUCACUGUAAAAUUAUCCUAAUAUACCUUUUACUUUUUCACUUAGUUAAACAGUAUCCAUCCUGUUUAAGAUGGUAUUGCUUAGCUUUAACUUUGUUAUUUAAUGUGAGUGUGAGUGUGUGCGCUUCUGUGUUAGUCCGAACAAUAGUUUGUGUCCAAAUUUCAACAUGCUUAUUCUGUGUAUGCAAUACACAGCCGGACAUACUGAAGGAAAUGUAUAUAGAGUAAUCUAGAUGCGUCAAGAUGUGAGAUCCGGAUGUUUGGACCAAGAAUAAACCACAACAGUGUGGAGAUUCACCUGCUUUACAAUAUGUGUAUAC